UGUCAAUAACGUAAACACAUGUGGAUUGGAACGACUGGAAACGAUUGUGCGGUAUCGUGAAAUCGGUGAAAUCACAACAAAAAUAUUCAUACAAACGUUCAAAAUGUGUAAUACGGCGUUUCUGCAAUUAUUCGAUGGUUCUGUUAAACAUGGAGAACACACGAACCUAUCUGAGUUGCAACGAAGCAUUCUUGAUUGUGAGUGGACCGACUGUUUUAAACAAAACAUAUUUCAACAGAUUCUGCAAGGGAAUGCAGCUUCAGCCGAACGUUCUGAAUUGCUUUCAGGAGCAAUCGCAGCUCUGCUUGCUUUUAUUCAGCAAAAUUUUGUUGGGCCAUCGAUUUCCUUCUUAGAGUUAGAUUUUCCCGGAAAAUCAAAUGUAGGAAAUCUGUUGAAAUCGGACGGAGAAGAUUUGAAUGUCAAUAUUCGAUCACCAGAGCUGCUGUAUGUAUGUAAGCUCGUCUUCAAUCAGUUGAUUUCCAUCGAAGAGGAAGAUGUUUUCGAUCUUAGCGAAAGAAUUUGGUAUCUGCGAUACUUAAUACUUUACCAGCGUUGUUUAGACGACCUGACACAUAGUAUUUAUUCAAUGUUUGACCGAAACGUGGAAAUCAUUGCGAAGACAUUGAAUGAAAUCGAUAACCAAUCGUUGAAAAUACAAAUACACAUUGAAAUCCUCCAAGGAUAUAUUCUGUUUAAAAGAAUAACUAAAUCGGAACGGUGGAUGAAGGAAGUCCUCCAACUGGCCGGAAUUGAAUUAACCGUCGAAGGAGUGCUGGGUGUCAGGACGAAGUAUCAGAAGAAUCCACUGCCCCAGUUAACACUUCGGGUUAAAGGGUUGGAACAGUUAGAUUUGCCAUCAUCAGAACACACAAAUGUCCACAUACAAUUGCCCACAAUUUUGAAGCUCGAAGACGAUCUAAGAUUAGACAGGAUCAAAUUCACAUCGGAGCAAGAUAAUACGGACGCUCAAUUACCAAGCCUCAUACAAGCAAUGGUUUUUUCGAAACUAUUACUGCUGAUACAUUCACAACCGAAGGACAAACUAGCGGACGAAGAACUUGAACCUUACAUAACAUCCUUGCUCUAUCAAGAAUUCGGACCAUGGGCUACAAGAACUGCUGUUCUCUUCCUCAAUAUAAACCAAGAAGCGAACCAUAAGCGCACUGUUGAUCGUUCUUUGAAGCAAUGCGAGGAGUUGGUUCAUCUGAUGGAUUCCGAAGUCUGUCCUGUUGCCCACCGAUUGUCUCACGCAUUUAUCUCCGCGCUCAUCCCACGUUGGAAAAUCAAAGCAAAGCUGGGUGAUCUGUUGGUUAGUUUAGGAAUGUUUAAGGGAGCUCUGAACCUCUAUCUAGAUUUGCAAAUCUGGGAAGAUGUAAUUGCAUGCUACAACAUAUUGGAGUUGCGGCACAAGGCGGCUGAAAUUAUCCAACAAGAAAUUGAUAAAAAGCCUACAGUUACACUCUACUGUCUGUUGGGUGAUGCGACCGAUGACAUUCAAUGUUAUCGGAAAGCAUGGGAAUCUUCCGGUGAAACCAGCGCAAGAGCACAACGUCAUUGGGGUAAUUUCUACUUCGCUAGAAAACAGUAUGUCAAAGCCAUACCACAUCUGAAAAAAUCAAUCGAGAUCAACUGUUUGCAGGAGAGCACUCUUCUGCGACUUGGCUACGCAGCACUUCAGCUAGAGCAAUGGGAGGAGGCAGCGAAGGCUUACCGGUUGUACACCUCACUGGAGUCACAUGGGUUUGAAUCGUGGAAUAACCUGGCGAAGGCCUACAUCAAAUUGGGAGAAAAGAACCGUGCACACAAAAUUCUCCAGGAAGCUAUCAAAUGUAAUUUUAACAAUUGGAAAGUUUGGGAUAAUUAUCUGGUGGUGAGCGUGGACACGAAAAACUAUGAAGACGCCUUGAAUGCUUACGAACGAUUGAUGGAACUGAAGGAUAAAUUCUAUGAUCAAGAAGUAUUGGAAAUACUGACAAAGGUCGUCUCAGAAGGAGCACCGGAUGCCAAUGGAAACUCAUCCCAUCGGCUGACCAAGAAGAUGUUAAAACUACUCGGUUACGCAUGUGCCAAGAUUCCUAACAAUGGUAAUUUGUACGAACUGUCAUCGCGUUUGGAAACCGAAGAUUGUUUCAAAAAGGCCCAAAAGCUACAAAGCGCUUACAGGUGCUACACCCAGUCCAACAGUCAAUGGUCCAAAGAUGCUAAUAGCUGUAGAAAAAUCAUCGAACUUUGUAUCGAACUUUGCGCAAGCAGUUUGAAGGCAUUUUUAGACGGGAAGGAAGAUGCUGGGAAACUGGUAUCCUUGAAAUCGCAACUUUCCUCCGCAAGAUUAACCGGUCAAGGAUGUCUGAGGGCAGCAAGUAAUGAAAAUUGGGAACCGAAUACUGGUUUAAUCGAGGAACUGAACCAGAUUGUGCAGAAAUUAACUGUUGAGCUGACGAAUAUUAUGAAUAAAUAACUUGU